UUGAAUGCCAUCUAACGCUACUUCCGGUUAGCAACCGUUUGUCGACGCCUUUACGGUUUCUAUGGGAAGGUUUUCAACAACGUCGUUUCGGAUAUUUAGGAAGAGAUUGUCUUUUGUCAUUCUGAUUAACAUCCCCAGUUGAUUUGGGUGGUUUCUAAAUGCGACUCAUUGCACUGUCUGUAUUAUUCGCCAGUCGACGCUAGCGCUUAGCAUAAACGUCUAGAAAACGAAGAAGUUUAAAUCGUUCAUAAUGAGCGAACAGCUGAAAUUCAUCGUUGAGCAGCUCAACAAAGAACCAUUCAGGAAAAACUUUAACUUAAUUACAUUCGACUCGUUGGAACCAAUGCAGCUGCUUCAGACGUUGAAUGACGUCUUGUCUGAAAUAGACUCCAAGCAAGAUAUCGACAUCCGCGAAGAAUUGCCGGAGCAAACUGUGAAGAGAAUGUGUGCCCUACUAAGCACACUGAAGUACAAACCUUCUGCAAACUCAUCAGAUGUCGGCACCUUCGGACAGGGUCUAAUAAGUGGCAGUAAGCCUGUGGUGCACCCCAUCCUUUUCUGGCUGCUCCAGAAGGUGCCGGAGUUGAAGAAGAGGGCCUACUUGUCUCGGUUUCUUGUCAAACUCGAGGUUCCCACAGAAUUUCUGCAAGAUGACGUCAUCAGUGACACCUAUCACCAGUAUGAAGAGCUGGUGGAGGGAUUUAAGGGCUACCACAAAGAGUGUGAGCAGCUGAGAACCUCUGGCUUUUCCACUGCAGAAAUCAGAAAGGACAUUGGUGCGAUGGAGGAGGAGAAGGACCAACUCAUCAAGCGUGUGGAGAGAUUGAGGAAGAGGGUGGAGUCAGUGUCCAACCAUCAAAGAAUGCUGGAGCAGGCUCGGCAGCUGCGAGUGGAGAAGGAGAGGGAGGAAUCUCUGGCCAACCAGAAGCAAGAGCAAAAAAAUCAACUGUUCCAGGCAGAGCAGCGACUCCAGAGGUCACAGCAGCAGUUGAAGGAUCUGCGUCAGGCUGCAACAGACAACAACCCAGAGAGUUUAAUGAGGAGGCUUGAAGAGGAGAUCAAGAUCAACUCCUACAUGGUCUCAGAGAAACUCCCCAAAGAGCUGGAGGGAAUGAGGCAAACAGUGCAGUACCUUCAAAAGGUGGCAUCGGAGCCCGCUAUGGGACACGCAGACCUCCAAGAGCUGGAGGACAAGAUCAAAGAGGUCGAUGCUCAGAUAAACCAGUUGAUUGAGAAAAAGAUGAUGAGGAGUGACCCCAUGGAUGAUAAAUUGACUCUUUACAGGCAGCAGGCCUCCAUCAUCGUCCGGAAGAAGGAAGCGAAGGCUGAGGAGCUUCAGGAAGCGAGGGAGGAGCUGGCUGCAGUGGAGCGGGAACUGAGGCAGAGGAACAACCAGACGCAGUCCUCUGAUGGAGAAGAGGUCAUCAGAGAUGAUGAGCUGAAGCGUUUGGUGGCUAGAAUGCGCAGCAAGGGAACGGUAUACAAGAAGAAGCGACAGGAAAUUGCGGAGAUGAAAGCCGAAUAUGGAGUUCUCCAACGGACUGAAGAGAUACUCCGACAACGGCAUGAAACAGUCCUUGAGAAACUGAAAACCAUGGAGGCUGAGAAGGGCAUCGCUGGCUACAGUAACACACAAGAGGAGCUGGAGAGGGUGUCUGCCAUCAAGAGCGAGCUGGAUGAAAAGAAAGGUCGAACACUUGACGACAUGUCUGAAAUGGUGAAGAAAUUAAACGCUAUGAUCGUGGAGAAGAAGUCGGCACUGGCCCCAAUUAUCAAAGAGCUGCGAUCGCUGCGCCAGCGCUGUCAGGAGCUGAACCAGGAGCACGAGGAGAAGAAAGUUCAGUAUGAAAGCUGUGCUGCUGGUUUGGAAAGCAACCGAUCGAAGCUGGAGGAGGAUGUGAAAACCUUAAGAGAAAAGAUCACGCAGGAUGAAAACCAGUAUCACUACAUCAACAGCAUGUCACAGAUCAUUGAGAUGCAAAUGCAGCGAGCGUCUGAUGAGAUGAAGGCUUACGUGUCCUCUGAUCCACAAGAGAGGAAGAAGGCUGUCAGGGAGGUGUACAUGAAGAAUAUCGCUGAGCAAGAGUUACUCGGAAAGAAACUGCGUGAGAAACAGAAGGUAGUGAGGGAAAGUCACAGCGCCAACAUGGAGCAGAUGAAGUUGUGGCGGGACCUGGAGCAGCUCAUGGAGUGUAAGAAGCAGUGCUUCAUCAGAGCGCAGAGCGAGGCGUCCAUCGGUCAAGUCAUCCAGGAGGGAGGAGAGGAUAGACUUGUGCUGUGAUGGUGGUCAAACAUCUUCUCUGCCCUGACUAUAUUUGUUUGCUCUAAAAUAGUUGUUGUAUUGAUCUUGCAGUUGGAUGUAUUCAGAGAUUUUGAGCUACAUAUAGUAAUCUACAGAAGCACGUGCAGGAGGAGGUGUCACUUGAAAAGGGUCUUCACCGCCUCGGGCCUGCUGUAGACUCCUUUUUCACACAUCCUACAACCCUAGCCCUUUCAGCCAGUGUCCAAAGAUAAGCACGAACAAAGUGGCGCUCUCGGGACGUGGCUGUAGACAGCUAUUUUUGGCAACAACGUGACUUUGUACUGAGUUAUCUGCCAAAUUUGGAGUUUACUAAGCUACGGUAGAGUGCAGAUGAAUGGUCUUUGCUAUCUGUUCAACCCCAACUGCUAUAUUUCUUUGAAAAAUAUAUCCAGUUUAAGAACAUGUCAAUACAGUCUUGUAUAUUUUCUUGUGAAUGUGUUGGUGUUUGUAAUUUUCUUUACAUUUGUGGUACAGUAGAUUUAAGUUCUGCAUUCAUUUGAAUGCAGUUGGAAAUUCAAGUUAUUCUCAAGUCAGUUUUGUUUUUUUUCUUUUUUAAACAUCUGUCCAAAGUCAUCAUUCGUACACAGAGCGUCUUGUCAUGUUCCAACAACUGCCUUCGUGAAGCAUCAGGGUCAAACGGCUGAUCUGCUGUUGACAGCAAAAGUUAUUGGCUCUUGUACCACACAGAUCGAGUUAACAUUGUUUAAAAAAAAAGGAAAAAAAAAAGCCUUGCAAUCCUCCGUUGGCCUCAUUAGACGUGCUAAAGGAUGUUGCGUGAUAUCAAUGUGAAAUAUCUGACAAUGACACCUUGAGUGGACCACUGAUCUUCUGACCUCAAACAAGCACUUUAGAAGGAGAGGUUACAUGACUUGAACCAGUUCUUGUCAUUUUAUAAAGCCUAAAUAAUACACUGGUGUUUAUAUAAAGGUGUUUAUUGUGGUUGUUGCACAACAAUAAUCAUAGCUCAAACAUUUGCUCAACAGUAUGAGUUGCCAAACACAAUGAAAAUAUAUGGAGUCAUAUCUGUGAGGAACCUUAUAUGUAGGCUUGUUCGACUUGAUAUAUAACCACUGAGCAAACAAGCUUCUUUAGUAAGUGAUUGAUGCUUUGUUCGCUGUAUCUAACUUCUCACACUCAACCCAGCGACAAGAGACCCGUCCUUGUGAUGAAGGAAGAAGAGUGGGGCUUAUCGAGCGGCGGCUUUAACAGGAGGUUGUUUGGUCAACCCGAAGGGGCAACAAGUCCCACUGGACAAAUGACGGGCAGUG